AUGUCGAAUUUGUCAAAGCUUGAGUUUUUGGCACUUGACAUUUCUGGAAAGAAUUACCUAUCAUGGGUUCUCGAUGUUGAGAUUUACUUAGCCGUUAAAGGCCUUGGUGACACCAUUACUCAGGGUAAUGAGGCAUCAAGCCAGGACAAAGCGAAUGCCAUGAUUUUCCUUCGUCAUCAUUUGGAUGAAGGUUUGAAGGUUGAAUAUUUGACAGUGAAAGAUCCACUUGAAUUGUGGACUAGCCUUAAGGAAAUGUAUGAUCGCCUUAAGGCUAUGGUAUUGCCAAAGGCUCGAUAUGAGUGGAUGCACUUACGAUUUCAAGAUUUUAAGACCGAUUUGCUGGAAAAGACUCUUACGACUUUUCAUGCCUCAAAUAUGAUAUUACAGCAGCAAUACCUUGAAAGGGGUUUUAAAAAGUUUUUCGAAUUGAUCUCAUGCCUUCUGGUGACUGAGCAACAUAAUAACCUUUUGCUGAAAAAUCAUGAAGCCCAUCCCACAGGGUCAGCUCCACUUCCUAAAGCGAAUAUGGUAGCGAGACAUGAUAAGUCUGGAAAAAGACAGAAUAAUUUCCAUGGCAUGGCAAUGGCAAGAGACGAUAUAAUAAUUGUCAUCAUGGUGGUCAUGGAAAACGAGAGAAAAAUAUGGGUUCUCAAAACAGUCCUUCAAGAGGCAAAAGCGGUAACUGCCACCGCUGUGGCAUGA